AUGGACACACGAGCCAACGGAGACAGACCCACAGACACAAAGGCAGGCACUCAGCAGACAGGCACAUAGGCACGCUGUGGAUGAUCACCCAAGGAGCCACACAAAGACACCGAGGCGCUCAAGAGGCUCAGAUAACACACAGAGAGACAAGCACACAUACAGCUAGCUCCCUGCUGGAAUGAAGAGGGGUUUCCUGAGGGGAGAGCGUGUGGUUGAUCCGAGGUGUGUUUGCUGGUGGCUGCAGACCUGCCGCCCUCUUUCCUCCCCAUGCGGGCGCUUUCCCCCAGAGGCUCUGAGUCCUGGUUGCUCCUACUGCGGGAUGGAGACGCAUGCUUUCUGGCUAGUGCAACUUUUCCUUUUCACGCUGUGGGUUAAUGGUCUAAUGACACUUGGAUUUACAGGUGCACAUCAACAAGUGAUCGUCUGCAAUGAAUCGCUCAUGUUAGAAAAGUUGCCCAGAUGUGGAAAAUCCUUUGAAGAGAUGAUGAAGAAAGUGGACUCUAAAAAAUGGUGCAACCUAACAGAAUUUAUUCCGAUAACCCUUACCUCAGGACCACAGAAAACUUCACAUGUAAGACAAAUUUGGAUAGAAAAGGGAUUAACAAAACAAAGAUAUAAUACAGGACGAUAGACUGGCCUCCUUCAAUUUUAUGUGCAACAAAUAUCAGCUACCGCUAUCCCACAGUUCCUUCUUUCAGCAGCUAUACUCAAGGAUUUAAAUAGGGAUAGGGAACAAUUGGUCUGUUUCAACUCUCUCACCUCUAGAAGAACAUGUUAAGAAACAUGGAAACAAAAGUCGCUUUGUAGGAAUUACUUAUAGGUGGCUUACUGCUUCGCAUUACCCUCCCAAUCUCAGUCUCAAAGAAAAAUCAGAAAGUUAACUUAGCCUUACUAUCACAACAGAAACCUGUGGCGAUAUCCUGCUUAAUGUGAAAUAUACUUCAAAUGCCUUAUUCUUGCGAUUCUUCCAGAACAAGAUAAUAAACAGGUAUUACUGAACACCAGAAUAUUUGUUUAAAGCUAGAUUGGGAACACAUAGUGAAUGCUGGAAAUGCAAAAUGCCCCCAUGCCAACCUUUCAUACAUCCUCUAUACCUGUCAAAAAUGCAUGUGUUCUGGAAUACCGUAUUCAGUGCUCUCUCAACAACAUUGUGUUGCUAUUUUUUCCUUCUUCAACCUUAUGUAUGUUAUGGGUGCUGAAUGAGUUGGUAUUACCAGUUAAAAAAUGGAUUGCAGUAACUAUUUUAGUGGCCCAAAGAGUUAUUUUGAGAAAAUGGAAAUCUGCAAUUCCUAUCUCAUACACAGACUGGCUUAGUGAACUCUCUACUACUGCCUUAAUGGAAACAAUGAUUCUGUCUAAUAGAAAUGCUUGGAAAAAAUAUGAAGAUGUCUGGUCACACAUGAAACUAUUGCAUGCUUUUUGCAGUUUAGUAUAUAUUAGUCCCCAACACUCAUAGGUUAUGUUCUCACUUAUUUAUCUAUUUAAUCACUUCAACAAUUGAUGGACCUCUACAGGGUCAGAGUUUUGCUUGUUUGUUUUGUUUUUGUUUUUUUCCAGGUUUUACAAAUAAUGAACACUGAAUUUUGUUAUUUAUAUGGUAUUUCAAUCUUGUGCAUGAUUACAUAUGUUUU